AUGGUUCAUUACAGAGACUCUGAAGACGUCAAAGCAAUGUCUCAUUCAUCCAGCGGAUAUGCCUUAUUGGACAAUGCUCACGAAGAGGAUGAAGAUGUAGAUACACUUCUUCGUCAAUUAAACGCUGAAGGAGAAUAUCCUAACCCUGAUAAUUCCUUGACUGCAGCUGCAGACGAUGCAAUUUCAAAUACUUCUCCACUGCUCAAUAGCUCCCCAACAAAGCCAUUAAAUUUUCCACGAAUGAACCCUAAAACGAAGGAAUUUAAUUCCAGCUCAGAUACAUAUACUAGUGAACAGGAGGCUGAACCUGUAGAUGAAGCUUCUGAUGUUGAUCAUAAGACCCUGUUUGAUCGGAACUUCAGCUUUGAAGAAAUGGAAGAUGCUUCCAAAACUGUUCAAAUAAAUCAUGUAAAACCUUCUCAACUGGAGCUUGAAAACUUUUCUACUGAAACACCCAUCACUUCAGCUGUGGAAUUAACAGCGCAAACUGAACGUUCGAAAAUCAAUACAUCACCAAGUAAAUCUAUUAUGAAGAAGAAUACCCCAUCAGCUUCACCCACAAAGAAAAACGUUGUAUUCACAAAACGUACACCUGAAGUACAUCAUUAUGAAAAGAAAGACGAAAUUACAUUGGACGAAGAUGAGUAUAUCAAUAUAGAUGAUGGCGAUGAACACGAGCAACAAAGUGGUUAUACUUGGAAUUCAUUACCAAGAAAUGGUGAUAAUUACUCAUCAUCUGAUGAAAGUAGUACACCACCAAGUCCACCCCCCCACACAACUAAUAAUUUAACAGCUAUUAAAGAUUCUGAUUCUGAAGAGCCUGAAGAUAUAAGUCCUCAAGAUUUGAAAUCUAUAAAAGAAAAGAAGAGUUAUAGUAGCUUGACAUUUAAUGAAAAAUUGGAUAUGUUCUUAGCUCGUAGUGAUGAAGGGUCCAAUAAAGCUAAUUCUGAAGCUUUGGAUGAUCACUUGAAUGAACUACAUGCAUCUAGAGCUUCACAGACUGAUUUAAAUAUACAUCAUCUCUCGUUGGACUUACAGACCCAACAAGUUCACAAUAUUGAAAACCCGUUAAACUCUUUAUCGAGGUCUGAAGAUGUUGAAUUAAAAUCAGGAAAUACCUCAAGAUCUUCUAUACAAUCACUUAAAGAUGACGAUAGAGUGUUGGAGUCUCACAACAUUAAUACGAUUUCCAAGAGUGUUGAAAUGAAUGAUGGAAUCAAAGGUUUCUCUGAUCAUAUGGUUGAAUCAUUAAUUCCAAAUGAAAAUAAUAUUGACAACAUUGAAAAGCCAAGUGACAUAAAUGAGGCUGAACUGCCACGUAUUGGUAGCUUAGAUAGACAAUUUGUUGACUCAUCCAAUGAUGAAUUUCAUGACUCGUUUGAUCAAUCUUACAAUAAUACCGAACAGUCCAUUAUGGAUCUUUUAAAGAAGUCUCAACCUCCAGUUUUAGAAUCAUACGUACCAUCUAUUGAAGAUUCAAUUUCAGCUCAAGGUUCUAAGUCAAAUGAUCAGUUCUCUGAUCCUGAGGUAAAGAUUGAAAAUGAAGACGAAAAGUUAAUAACGAGUAUUAAGAGUGAAGAAAAUGACAUAAUCCCUACUAAAAUUAAAGAGGAAAAUUCUCGUGAAAUUGAAGAGUCCAUUCAUAUAUUUAAUAUACCAGGUGUUCCUACUGCAGUGAAAUCGGAAGUGGAUCCAAACCCUGAAUUCAUUAAACGUGAAACCAGCGUACAUACGUUACUUCCUGGUGAUUCAGACCACGUUGAUUCAAAAGAGAAGGUUAUUUUGCAACCAGAACCUUUAAAAGAAGAACUUCCAAAGGAUGAAGAUGAUCAGGAUGAAUUUGAUUCAUUGAUCGAUAAGUCUGCUCAGUUCUCUUUAAGAGAUCAUAUUGAUAGUGAUUGGAAAUUUGAAGAUAGUAAUGAUGGAGACAGAGAAGAUAAUGAUGAUUAUACUAAUAAUGAUAUUACCCAAGAAAUCCUUGUCUCUACUAAGGAAGAUACCAAUAUUUCGACCAAUGGAAAUGUUAACGACGAUAGGGUUUUAUCGCAUUCUUCAUCAAGAGAAGUCCCAUCGGUUUUGACAUCCGCAAAGGAAUCGAAGAUUAUUGAACAAGAUCAAACUUCAAUAAGCAACAUUAAUUUGAAAGACAUCGAUAUGGGAGUAGCUUCAAAACAAUUCAUCAAAGAUACUACUGAUCUGAGAGAUUUGAAAAUAAUUCCUGCAAACCUGUCAGAGGAUGCCAAGGAAAAGUUGGAUAAUAACAUUAAUGAAAUUGACACCAUGCCAAAUUUGAAAUCUGAAGAACCUGAAAAUAAGAUAAUUGGAGUCUCAGUUACAGAAAAGCAUGACUCGGAUCUUAAUUUGAAAAAUAGCUUGGUGAUUCCAAAGGUUGAGUUGUCAUCGAGCUCUAAAGAAAUUGUUGACGAUUCACAGGAAUUGGCAGAUGGUGCAAACGAUAAUGACGAAACUUCCCAUUCAAACGAUGUUCAUUCUGAUUCAAAGUCAAAUACUAAUGUUGAAGCUUCAAAUUCUUUAGAGAAUUCUCAGCAUUUGGCUCUGGAUUCAAAUGAACUUUCAUUGCUAUUUUCUGGUGAUGAAAGAUCGCUUGGCAAAAAGAAGCGGAUUCUUGAAGUGGAUUUAUCUCCAAAUGUAUCCGCGGACCCCGACCAUAUUGAGGGUAUUUCCUUAGCUCCCCCUAAGAUUAAACUGCCACUCGCAUCUGAUUUCAGUAAAGAUGAAGUUCUUCAAUCCGAUCCAAUUCCAUUGGAACUGACGCAUAUCUCAGAACCUGAAAACGUACUUCAGGAAGAAGACACUUCGGACGUUAAGCAGUUUAAUGAAUCUGUCGAUGAAGUACUUGCAAACUCAACAAACAUCGCAAUUACUGAAGAUAUUACAUUGCCUCCGGUAGAAUCUAACAAUUACUCUUCCUUUGAAGACAUAACCAAGACUCUAGAUCAGUCAACAAUGUCAUUCGAAGAUUCACUCUCUGCGGAACAUGAUAAAGUCGUCAAACCAACCAAUUUCAUCUCCAUAUGGCAUUCUCAAAAUAAGAACACACAUAAACAACAAGCCACAAUGAAUUGGAAGGAACAACUGCAGCAAAAUAUUCAUAUACCAGCAUCAUUGCAACCAAAGAAGUUCAAGGAAGUCAAUGUAAUAACUAGGCGUGUUGUUAGUCCAGGAUUUGAAGAUUUGAACGUUUCUGGAUUCCUUCCAGAGUUAUCACAGGAUUCUGGUUUUGAUGAUAUCAAGGGUAUUGUGCUGAGUAGUAGAAACGAUAAUUCGCAAAUAUCUUCUCAAAGUGAAUCGGGAGAAAUUAAUACCAAAAAGCUCUUACCUGACAUUAUUGAACCCGUGGAAAUUUCUGAAAAUGUCUUACCAAAGUCAAGAUUAAGACCUCCAAGCGCCAGCUUUAAACCUGUUGUUAGAGUAUCAAGGUUCAAAGUUCCAUCAUUUGAAAUCAAGAGAUCUUCCUCCAUCUUGUCUCCUAGAGAUCAAUACAAUGAUAUAUUUGCCGAUACUGUCAAAAGAACACCUACUAUUAAGGGACAAGGUAUGAAGACUUUGCCAAGUAUGGACAAGGAAGAUGUACAAAGAAUUCUCAGUACAAAAAGAAUUAUUAGUCAAGAGGAAUACUCUAGAUUCAAGUUAGUUGGAAAUACAAAGAAAGGGACUGUUGUUGAACCGGAUGAUGUAUAUGACCACUUGCAGCAAGAAGCAUCUAUUCAUGAUGCUCAGGAUGACGAAAGUGUGGCAUCUCCUCCUGUAUCACGGGAACCAAGAGAUGCACCACUCUUGCCACAUUUGGCGGAUGAAUUGCUUAGAAUUCCUAGUGCAUUACUUUCUAAGGAUCAAUUCUUCAAAGAAUCUGAAUUUAGCAGCCCUGUUCGUGCAAAUGUGGAAAACAUUAGUUCCGAUACAACUGCAUCGGGCGUAAGUUCUAUAAUUUACACCAAAAAGAAUUUCCCACACACUCUUGAACCAAAGCAACAACUUUUCCCAGAACCGGACCCUGAAUUAUGUACUUCUCCGAAUGAAAAUAUUUUCAAAACACCUCCUCAAAAUCUAACCAUUGAAGAUAACCUGUGUGCUUUCGAGGACGAAAUUGUUCAGAAUAGAUUAUUGCACUAUGACUCUCCCAAGAAGCCAUCAAACAAACUGGGACCUUCAACUCCGGUCAGAGGUUCAUUUUCAGUCACUCCAAGUCCCGUGAAAAGCAAGAAGGCUUCGCCUAUUAAGAUAGGUUCUCCAAUUCGACUUGUCAAAAAUGAGGCUGGUGUCACUUCAGUAGAACUCCAAUCAUCGCCUAGAAAAUUGGCUCCAGAGACUUUUACAGGUCAUGACUUGAGUUAUGGAAAAUUAAGAGACGGUACAGCUGGUCAAUCUCAGCUUGCAACAGUGGCUGUGCCAUCAGUCUCCACUCACAACUCGGAACCAACUGCCUGCUCAUCAGAUGACAGGUUUAAGUUUGAUCAUCGUGGUGGUCAAAGAGAUGCUUCAAAUAAGUCUGCCAAAGCACCAUUAAGUGAAAGAGGAAGAUUAUUUUUGCGGGUGGUGGGCCUCAAGAACCUUGACCUACCCGACCUUCAGGGACGUAAAGCUGAAUUUUCGAUGACUUUGGACAAUGGUGUUCAUUGUAUUAAAACCCCUAAUUAUAAGUUGGAUCGCAAUCACAUUGAAAUUGGUAAAGAGUUUGAAUUGACUGUUGGUAAUUCUUUGGAAUUUAUAUUGACAAUGAAAGCAUCUUAUGAAAAACCUAGCGGUAAAUUAGUUGAAGUGAAGGAGAGAAGGAUUGUUAAACCAAAAAAUAAAUUCAGCAGAAUCUUUGGUAAUAAAGAUAUUAUUACAACUACAAAGUUUGUUCCUGUCGAUGUGAAAGAUUCUUGGGCAAACAAAUUCGCUCAAGAUGGCUCAUUCGCAAGGUGUUAUGUUGAUUUGGAUCAAUAUGAAGGUAAAAUAACUGGUAAGGUUAGCAAUUUCGACAUCACAUGUUUCAAUGAAUGGGAAACUAUAGUUGAUCGAAACGGCGAAAGAAUCAAAUGCAAACCAUAUAGAAUUGGACAACUCGAAGUUAAAAUGAUGUUCAUUCCCCGAACUUUAGAGCAAGAAGCCCUUCCUUCAAGUAUUAAGUCGGCGUACGAAAGUAUAAACUCAUUAAAGAAUGAAUUAUCAUUACAAAAGGAAGGAUAUAUGUUUCAAGAGGGUGGAGAUUGUGACAGUUGGAAGAGGCGAUUCUUUAAAUUAUCAGGAACUUCAUUGAUAGCUCAUAGUGAAUAUUCUCAUAAGACUCGCGCCAAGAUUAAUCUUGCAAAGGUUGUUGAAGUAAUGUAUAUUGACAAUGAAGAUAAUCAUGGAAAAUACAGAAAUUUCAGUGAAGUUAUGCUUAUGGAGCAUUCAUUUAAGGUUAGGUUUGGUAACGGAGAAAUUAUUGUCUUUGGUGCCCCUAAUAGAGUUGAAAAAAUGGAAUGGAUAUCCAUCUUUGAAAAGAUAAUUCACAGAAAUAAAUUUAGAGUUCAACCAUGGGUCAAAAUUAUGAUGGAAUACAAUAAUAUGGAGACAUUAGAUGUUUCCAUGCCAAGAUAA